CAGUCCACUGUAGUACAUAGGCUUCCCCUUACGAUUUCCGGACCAACCUGUUAGGAGCCGCCUGCAUAGAUGGUAAACAAGAGGACAGGUGAAAGCUUAGAAAAUUAUUGUGGGCAGCACUGGAUGCGCAUUAUUUAGUUAGGAACGUUUUUUUCUUUGACACUAUAUAUACCUAUUGAAAAUAUUGAUCGAUAAAACGAGGCAUCCAUAAUGGUUUGUAAUCUGUGGUUAACGCGAUUUGUUUAGCUGACUGUGGAGUAAAAUUGUCAAAAUACCAAUAAAUUGACAAGACUCAUGUCUAUAGUUUUAUAAAGGCCGCUCAAAUAUUAGGAUUUACAAUUUUUUUGUAUUUUUUUACCAAUAGAGAUUAACAUUAAGUGAUUUAUUUGUGUGAGUGGGCGAAUACAAUGGCUUCCCCAUCUCCAAAAUCUCCGGAACAAAGCGAGAAAAACAAACAGUAUGACCGGCAACUACGUUUAUGGGGUGAUCAUGGUCAAGCUACCCUGGAAAACGGGCAUGUUUGCCUUAUAAAUGCUACAGCUUUGGGAACUGAAACACUCAAAUCAAUGGUAUUACCUGGGGUCGGUGCUAUUACUAUAGUGGACGACAAUAACGUGAGCGACGAAGAUAUCGGCAGCAAUUUCUUUUUAGAAAUCACAAGCAAAGGCUUAAAUAGAGGAUCCGAAGCAUUACGCUUGAUUUUAGAGCUGAAUCCAGCAGUACAAGGCCACGCCGUGCAGGAGCCACCGGACCAAAUAUUACAAGAAAACCCAGAUUUUUUCAAAUCUUUUAAUGUAGUCAUAGCCACAGCUCUCAAUGAGAAGACAAUACUAAGUUUAUCCCAACAUUUGUGGGAUAUUAAUGUGCCAUUUAUGUUAUGCCGUUCUGUGGGAUUUUUAGGGUCACUAAGGAUUCAGAUGAAAGAACACACUGUUAUUGAAAUUCAUCCAGAUAACGACCAGCCUGAUUUGCGUCUAGAUGUGCCAUUUCCAGCUUUGGUAGAAUACUUAGAUGGCGUUGAUCUUGAAUCUGCAGAGAUGAAAGACCAUGCCCACAUUCCUUGGAUAGUCUUUUUAUAUAAGGCAGUUCAAAAGUGGCAAACAAGCUAUCAGAAUAUGUGGCCAAUGAGUAGAAAAGAAAAAAAUGAUAUUCGUAACAUACUUCAUGAGUUUAUGAAAAUUGAUAAUUGUGGUGUGCCUAUCUAUCAAGAAAAUAUAGAAGAGGCUAUGAAAGCAGUUAACACAGCCCUUGUUCCAACAUUCUUGCCAUCCAGAAUCCAAGAACUUAUAUACAGCAGUGCUGCUACUAACUUGACUAAAGAAAGUUCAUCAUUUUGGAUAAUGUGUUCUGCUUUGAGAGGUUUUGUGGAGGCUGAAGGCAAAGGGAGACUGCCUGUGAAGGGGACUAUUCCAGAUCUGACUGCUUCUACAGAUCAUUAUGUGAAACUAAUGAAUAUCUACAGGUCACAGGCAGCAAUGGAUGCAGAAAUAAUGUAUAGAAAAGUACAACAAAUUGUCACUCAAUUGCAUUGUGAUAGCAUAAGUGAGGCUGAAGUGAAAUUGUUUUGUGCGCAUGCUCAUGAUCUGUGUGUCAUUAAGGGCUCUAAUAUAGCAACAGAGUAUCAGUUGGGUAGUAAUGUUGCAUCCUACAUAGCCAGGCACCUAGAGGAGCCCGAUGUUAUGAUGGUGCAUUAUGUGAUGCUACGAGCUGCAGAGAUGUUUAUAUCAGAGCACUGUCAAUCUCCAGGAGACUGGGAGCCUGAAGCCGACAUAGCCAAGUUAAAAACUUGUGUCACAAAAUUCCUUAGUGAUAUAUCUUGUUCACCUUUUCCCAAGGAUGAUCAUAUUCAUGAAAUGUGUAGGUAUGGAGGGGCUGAAAUACACACAGUGUCAGCUUUUCUUGGUGGAUGCAUUGGUCAUGAAGCAAUUAAAAUUAUCACUAAACAGUAUAAACCAGUAAACAACACACUGAUCUAUGACGGAGCUUCAACAAAUACAGCAAUAUUUACAUUCUAAAUGUAUUACUGAUUACUGAUCAAUAAAUUAUAAAAAAAUAAUUUGUCUUUAUUGGAAUAUGUAUACAAAUUGACUGUAUCUUGAACCUAUUAUAGUAACAAUAAGAUAUUUGUAAUUUUUUAUUUUGUUACCAGUAUACAUUAAUAAUUUAUAGUAUUCUUGUAAGACAAGGGUUAAAUUAUCAUUACAUUAAGAGCUUUAUCUGAUAUAAUAUGAUUAUGUAGUGUGUGUGUAAUGCUUUUCAAUAAAACUUUAGAAGCA